CUGAUAAGGUCUUCUCCUUAUACCAUUCUAGCAGUAAGUUGGGACUCAAAGACAAAUUCUCGUUAAAAUGGAUCAAAAGUACCAAAACAUUAUAUUUAUGUGGACUGUUUUAAUACUUGUUGCGGAUAGAAACGUAUCUUCUGCAUCCAAUCUUACCACAACUAUUAACGCUUUGUUUCAAAAGCUACAAAAUAUGCAGACGACAAAGUACAACCCUGCCGUACCACCAUUUGUAUGGACAAAGUUUCCGGGGGUCUACGAAAGUGAUGUAAAAAUGUAUUUCCACGGAGCUCCGGUGGAUUCAACCCUUCGGUACGUCUUUGGGGUGUUCGAUAACAAUAUGUUCGCGACAGCUUGGGUAACGACUUGUCUCCUGGAAGCCUACAAAUAUGGUAAGGCGCCUAAACCGACGGCCCAGAUGUUGGAUUUAUCGAUCAACUUUAUCAUGGAUCAUCGCAAUAAAAACCUUAAUUACACCAACUCAAUUAUGGCAUUUUGGCCACAGCUUUACAACGAAAAAGCAAAGGGAUAUGUGAGUACUCCAGUCAAUUUAUUGGAACUCUUUAACUCGACCUAUCUGAUAGACUGGGAACCAGUGUACAAGGAACUGGAUAAACUUGGACUUCAGCACGUGACCGAAACCAUCAAACGACUUCUUGCAAAUCGGGAAGGGUAUAAGCACGUGUUCCAGAUUCCACCAGAUUUUGACGAUACAUCGGUAAACCUCGGUCUGGGCUCGCUCCUAAAGGAUUUUAUUACGGACUUCUCCAGUUCCGCUGCGCUAUGGCAGUCAAGGAAUUCCAACCUCUCGUCAAUCUUCACUUCCCUGAAACACUACGCCUACAAACCAACCACCAACAACACCCGGGUCAAUACAAUAGACACACGGACAUACUUUUAUAUGAGGCGAUUCUUAGAGGAUGUGAAUGCCAAAAAGAAGAGUCUGUCCUUAGUAACAACAUGGGUACAAGACUUUGAUGAUUUGAGAGCUCAAUACUACCACGGUAUAAUAACCCCAAGUGACGUCAACAACGUAGAUGUGACCGUAUCAGCAAACGCACUGUAUGGUAUCACCAAUGGUGUCCUCUCUGGACUGGUUACCACCGAGGUCUUGGAGGAUCCAGAAAUCCAGCAACUCUACCUGAACACUUCUACCAUGAUCGCCUUCCAGAUCAACACUAACUUCUCUGGGCGUCCAGAUCUUGCAUUGACCUACUAUCCUUCUGUCAUGGAGUUCUACUGGUUCGUCGCAAGAACGUACGCUCAACUGACCCGACGUUACCGGGCCGGCAGUCUGCCACACAAUGCCAUGGAAACAGUAAUGAAGGAUCUAAAGCAGGCGCUUUGUGAUACAAUGACCAAAAACAUUUUAAAGGAAGCCGUCUACAACACAUCAGCCAUGGUGUUCUUCGACGACUUUCUUGGAAAUGGAGAUCGUGACAAGGAUGGUUAUCCGGUGAAAUAUGGCGAAGAUAGACUGUUUACAACUUCGAUGGCUAUUAACGCUCUGAUCACAACAUGGACUUACUUCAAUGAUAACACCGGACAUCUUCAUUGGGACGAAAACACACCAGCCGAUGUAAAAAAAAUCGUGACGGCAGCAGUUAACUUUCUAGACACUUACAUUCUUGGUGAGGAAUACAAACCAUGGAACAUGUUUUUCUCUGGUUCAUUCAAAGGAUUUGGGACAUCAUGGUCACAGUAUCCUGCAAAUCGCAAUGACCACAUCAAUGGAACCCAGAUCAAAAUCCGGGGUAUGGAGGGCGUUGCGGCUGAGUCUUGGUAUGAUGCACAGCUCAAACACUUAAAAACACCGACUGUUUUUCAUGGCUACAACAGCGACCCUUCCUAUUUCCCAUACUGGUGUUCCGAGUCGUACACAUACGUCACCAGCAUGCUGGCGAUGUCCACCUUCAACAACAUUGCUGACAACACUGACGAGAUAUGUUACACAGAUGACAUACUUUUAACAUGCUACACUUGAUGCAGUUACACACCACUAUCAUGAAGUUGUCAUUCAUUAUAUUAAUAUUAGAAUAAAGAUGAUGUCAUAAAAGUUUUUUUUUCUCCUACAGAACUUUACAAUUUUGUGGUUCGUAAACCUAAAAGUAAAAAAAUUGUAGGUCAAAAGAGAUUUUUAUUUUUUUUUUUAUUUUCUCCUCCUACGGAACUUUAUCAUUUUGUGGUUCGUAAACCUAAAAAUAAAAAAAUGCUGGCCUUAGUUUAGAAAUAUCUUAGGAGUUAAACAUUUUUUUCUCUCUAUUCAUAUAGAAUUAAAUAUUUAAAUUAUGAUUGUGUUUAAUUCUAUAUAUUGUAAUUUGUAUACUGCUGAUAAACACACUGUCUCUUAUUAUCAAUUUGAUUUAAAAUUCACAUGGGUCCAAAUGACACGAGCCGAAAAGAUCAGGGGUAGAUAAACGAAAGGCACCCAUUCACGUUGUUUACAAAGUGAAAGUAGUUCACUAGUUGGUUAAAAAUAACAUUUGGUUGUAGAUAUACUUAUCGCUCAAUGUAGGAAGUUUUGUUUCUAAAAGAUCAAACUUUUGUGCAUUGUCAAUAUUCGAUAUGGAUACAAAAUAAUCUGUUUCGCAGGCUGGUAUAUUUCAUAACCAAUUUGAGUAUGUAGGCCUAACUAUCGCAUGUGUCUCCGUGCAAGCGUAUUCGUCCGCUGAAACCAAGACAUAUUGUUUACAAUAAAAUAUGAACAUAUUCAAAGACAUCAACCAUUUCGUAUCUGCCAACUCGUUUUGUUGACGUACAGUUCUGUUGAAGCUGAAGUAUGUCAUCUAUUUUUCUUCAAACACAUAAGAAAACGUUGCACUUAUUUGAGUUGUUUGGCUCCUUAAAAAUUUGCAAACUUCCGAACGUACGAUCCCUAGAUGGCUUUCGAACUUCGCUCGACGCCAUAAAAAUGAAGGGAAACUGCAAAUAAUUGAAAUUUUUCCUCGAAAAUAUUGACAAAUUUCAUUUCAAUAUGUGCAUCCACUGGGAAGAAAAUGAACGGAAACUGUUGGUGGACCGAUCGACAGACAGCAGCAAAGCAAUAUGCCCUCCCUUCUUUGAAGUGGGGCAUAAAAAUUAUUUUAUGACCCAAGAAAAAAACGAAAUGAAAAAUGACCAUGACAAGUUUCGAACCCACAACCAUAAGGCUUAUCUUUUUCAUUUCCAGUACACUGACCACUAGCUAUAGACCACGGCGACUCUUAACAGGUGCGUAUUAAGUUUUUCAAUUUAGACUUCCUUCCAACUCUAAAUUUGUUCAAAACGUUUGUUUCUUACCUUUCAAAGCCUUAAUCCAACAAAAUAUAGAGUUGUUGACAGGAAAUGUUUACUUUUACGAACCGGAAAUGUCUAUGUCAAGUUGUACAUAAAGAUUUCUUUCUAAAUUUCGUGGACUUCAGGGUCCACGCAGAAAAUAUAUAAGCGAGGUUAAACCGGAUGCUAUGGGGAAAAUUCAGCCUGCGCAUGAGCUAGCCUGGUUCCUGUGCGUAAUGGUUAGCUCAGGGAACCAGGCUAGCACAGGUUUAUCUGAAUCAGGAUUGGGAUUCCAUGCCAUAUUCACAUACAAGUUCAAAGGCGCUGUAAUUGUAAAGCUGUUGGUAAACAUUACAGAAACAAAGUAUUACCGGUAAUUCCUUUUAAAAAAAAGAUCGGCAUGUGAUAUAAACUGUCAGUAUUAUGAAAUAAGGCAAUGUUAUGCCGAAACUACAACAUGCAUCAAAUAGCAUAAUUUGCAAUGUUUUGUUGUUUUCCGAAUACUUAUGUAGCUUAACUUUACUUUUAUAGAAGGCGAGGCUAGAGUACUUCCCGAUUAAAAUUAUUUAAGCAUUAAAGUAUGAAUGAAUAAUUAAGUGACUGUAUAUAAUAGAUGAUUGAAUAAUUAUGUCACUGUAUAAAAGUUUAAACCUCAAGAAAAAUGCAUUAAAAAAUGAAAAUGAUUUACACAAAGCCGUCACUGCAUAGUAAACAAAGUAGUGCGAAGCGUAAUGUGUGCGUAAAUACUAGUAGUAGAAUUCGCCGAAUGCUUGAUACUAUACAUGCAAUUUUCAUUAAUAUAGAUCAUAAUUAUUUAAGAAGUAUGACCCUUUAAAUUCUGAUAUUAAAAGUCAACUAUACAUAAACAUAAUACAACGUACAAAUUUAGUGGUUAAAAGCAGGGGACUAGAGUCGAUGGAAUCUGUGAUAAUUUUAAGGCUUUCACGUUUUCGUUGGAAAAAAAAUGCAAAUGGUCCACGUAUCUUUAACAGAAUUCCUUGAAAAUUAAUAGGGUUUGUCCUAAACCAUACUUAUAACCAUACUUAUAAAGUGAACAAAGUUCGAUAA